AUGAAUGCUCAAUCUUAUGUCCGCCCACAGCAACAAGCCCACCAUAACCAAGCUCCAUUUCCUAGAAAUCAACCUCCUUACCAAAACCACUACAACCCCCGUCCUCCGCAAAACAAUUUUCCCCCUCGUGAACUACCUAAAAGGCCAAAUUUUACACCAAUCGGCGAGUCCUACUCCAGCCUUUUCCCAAAGCUUGUCCAAAUGGGUCUGCUACAACCGGUUCCUCAAACUAGGCAAAACCCAACAUCUCCCGCUUACAAAGUUGGUGCCCGAUGCACCUAUCACUUAGGGGCAGAAGGGCACGACACUGAUGAUUGCUGGACUCUGAAGAGAGCAGUGGAGAAUUUUAUAGAACAAAGGAAGAUAGUGCUAAUUGAUGAGGAUGUCCCCAAUGUGACUAAUAACCCACUGCCAGCCCACAACAACGAACCGGUAAUCGGGAUGAUUUGUAAGGAUAAAGAAUUUAACCCAGCAUUGAAUGCCAUCAUUGCCAUUGCUGACCCAGAAAAGAAACCAAAAGUUGCCCCGAAGCAAGACAAAGGGGAGGAAAAGAACAAAAUCACCCCUCCAAAAUCAGAAAAGAAAGUUGAAGCGGGAAUUGGGGCAACACCUUCCAAAGAUGUUGUUCUCUAUGUCCCUCGGGGCCGCGAAGAAAAACAGAUGACUUUGAGUACUCCUAGAAGAUUCGAGCUAAACAAAGCAACCCAAAUGUAUGUGCCCAAGGGAGCUUGUGUGAUGCGGGGGCCAAUUAAUCCUCCAAGGCUGAGUGAGCCCGUGGUUAUUGGCCGCACACCGCAAAAGCCCAUAACGAAUCCUACCGAUGUGCCCUGGAAUUACAAAAAAAUGGUGGUGACCUAUAAGGGCAAAGAAAUCUCAGGAGAAGUCCAAGAAAAUAACCCCGUUGAAAAGUAUUCUAACUUGGAAGAGGUGAACAAUGCCACUCGAAAAUGCUUCCCAUCUAAGAAGCCCGUAAGUGCCGAAGAAGCAGAGACUUUCUUUCAAAAGAUGAAAAUGGCAGAUUAUGAGGUGAUCGACCAGCUUCAAAAAUUUCCCGAACAAGUCUCCUUGUUGGCUUUGCUGAUGAACUCCCCCAAACAUCAGAAGGUAUUGAUCAAGACCCUUAACGAAGCAUAUGUUCCUAUUGAAACUUCUAUAGAACAGUUGGAGAGGAUGGCAGAAAGGUUUUUCUCAACUAACCAGAUUUCCUUCAGCAAAAAUGACUUGCCUCCAGAAGGGGCCGCGCAUAACAAAGCUCUGCACUUGAUAGUCAAAUGCAAAGGGUACUAUGUGAAAAGGGUUAUGUUGGACGGAGGCUCUGGGGUAGACAUCUGCCCACUCUCGACUCUACAGCGCAUGGAAAUUAGGACUGAAAGAAUUCGACCCAAUAAUGUGUUGGAUAUGGACACCUCCUACAAUUUUCUUUUGGGGAGGCCAUGGAUUCAUGCAGCAGGGGCUGUACCCUCUACCCUCCAUCAGAUGGUAAAAUUUGAGCAUGAAGAUCAAGAGAUUGUGGUCCACGGGGAAGACGAGCAAUCAAUUUAUCGGGACCCAUCAGUCCUAUGUCUUGAAGCAAAAGAGGGGAGUGAGCACAUAGUUUAUCAAGCCUUUGAAAUUGUGGUCGCGGACCAAACAUUUGUCAAGCCAAAAUACCAUGAGGAGGAAGAAAAUGAGGCUUUCACAGCCGAAGAAACUGAAGAGAUAUGUGGGGCAAUGAGGAAGAUACUGUAUGAAGCCCACAUAGUUCAACCAAGGGAAGGCUCGAUCACCGCUGAGAAGCCGAUGCCCACUGGGAUGCUAGCAAAGUGGCAGAUCCUGCUUACGGAAUUCGACAUAGUAUAUGUCACUCGCAUGGCAAUGAAAGCCCAGGCGUUAGCAGACCAUUUGGCUGAAAAUCCGAUCGAUGAUGAAUACCAGCCUUUGAAUACUUACUUCCCAGAUGAAGAGAAUGAGAAGAAGAAGAAGAACGAUAUCAGCAACAAUCGAACAGACAGCAGUAACACAGCAGUAUCACAGCAGAAACAAACAGCAACAAUACAACCACUAGUUCAUGAACAACCAACAGUUGUUCCCACAAUGAUAAACCCACAAAUGGUCGGGCAUCAAUCAACAAUCCCAGAACAGAGUGGUAGACCAACAGAAAAACCCAGGAUGUUUGAUGCAAUAGUAAAAGCAGUUCACUAA